UGGAGUAAAAGUUACUACUCUUCUGUUUCUCACUCUGCUCUCAUUUUUUUUCUAUCCAUCUUCUCAUUCCAAUUACCAUUAACCCAUCUUUUAGAGAGCAAAGACAAAAACUUGUUAGAUUUCAGAAUCUUCUCCUUCCAGAUCAUUUUUUCUGGUUCCCCAAAUUCUUCAAUGGAUAUGAUAAUUCUCUCUGCGAAUCAAGUCCAACCGUUAGAUACCCAUUUCCAUCUUCUCCUACACUUGUCCUUUACUCUUGAUGAUUUCUUCAAAUAAAUCUGGUUUUCUCUUCUGAGUCAGAAUUUUUAUGUUUUAGUUUAACUUUUCUGUUCUUUAAUGGCUGCUUCUACUGCUCAAACUUUUCAAAACAACAACAAUGGAGUAAGCCGGCAAGAAAUUCAAGCUGCCAUUGCGAAAGCCGUCGAGCUGAGAGCUCUCCAUGCUGCUUUGAUGCAAGGGAGCAGCCCUGCAAAUCUAAGAUUGCCUGGCUGUGUCUCUCCUACCAUUUCACGACCUUCUUCUCAAUUCUCCGCUCAAGAUUACCCUGUUUUCACUCCGAGUUAUGGAGAAGAACCAUUACCUGGGUAUCAACAAAUCCGAUUAGAGAACCGAACACUGUCUGAAAACUGGGAUGCUUACAGGCUAGAAGGGGAAGAAGACGAUGAUGCUGAUCCCUCCGACAUUAAAAAGGAAACUUCCUCAUGCAUAAAGGGGUUUAGUCCUGGUCCAUUUGGUAGAGACCCCCAAAUCUGUCCAUCUGAAGAUCUUAAAUCUGUUACCAGUUCUUGUGCAAACCACUUUGCAAUCCUUCAAGCAUCACCCGGAACCGAUUUCUUCAAGUCUAGCAGGAGAACUGGUUCGGAGGACUUCAAGACAGUGACGACUUGCAAUGAAUGCAAACCUGCGGUUAUCAGUUCUGAAACCGAUAGUGGAACCAAGAACACCAAGAAUUCUAAUACGGUGAUGCCUUUAACAGAUUCUCACUUACCAGCUCAGCCACAAUCAAAACAAAGAGGACCCAUGUUCUCAUGGUUGUUUCCUCGGUUAAAGAAGAAGCACAAGAACGAAACCUCCCCAAACAGAUCAGAAGCCGAAGAAGUUCCUCAGAUUUUCAAGGACUUAGGGAUAAUGUCCAUUGAAUCCUUGAAGAAGGAACUACUUGAGGCCAAUGAGAACAGAGAUGCAGCUUUAAUGGAGGUUGCAGAGAUGAAAUCUUCCUUGGGGCAGUUGAAACAGAAGCUGGAGUACUUAGAGACCUAUUGUGAAGAGUUAAAGAAGACUGUCAAACAAACAGUGCAGGGAAGGGAUACCCAAGUUCUCGAAAGGUCUGGUAAUCUGCCGAAGGGAGGGAAAUCGAUUGAUGGGAACAGUGAAAGCGCCAUGCUUGUAAGCCAUGAAUUCAUGAUUGAGGGUUUCUUGCAGAUAGUAUCAGAAGCAAGAUUGUCAGUAAAACAAUUCUGCAAGACUCUUGUUAACCAGAUUGAAGAAACUGAUAACAAUUUGAUGGAGAAGCUAAAUUUGAUUCUUCAGCCAUAUAACUUGACUCUAAACUCCAAGUACUCAAAAGCACUACUGUAUCAUUUAGAAGCUCUCAUAAACCAAUCCCUCUACCAGGACUUUGAGAACUGUGUGUUCCAGAGGAAUGGCUCACCAAAAAUUUUGGACCCUAACGAAGAUCGCCAAGCACAGUUCUCAUCGUUUAUUGCGCUGAGAAAUUUGAGCUGGAAUGAAGUACUGAGGAAGGGAACCAAGUAUUACAGUGAAGAAUUCAGUAGGUUCUGUGAUCAGAAGAUGAGUAGCAUUAUUUCUACACUGAAUUGGACAAGACCAUGGCCUGAACAGUUACUUCAAUCUUUCUUUGUUGCUACAAAGUGCAUCUGGUUGCUACAUUUACUUGCAUUCUCAUUCAAUCCGCCGCUUGGGAUCUUAAGGGUUGAAGCGAACAGAAACUUUGAUCCCAUCUACAUGGAGGAUAUUUUUGCAGAGAAACAAAGACACCAAACUCCUGCUCGUGUUAAGGUCAUGGUGAUGCCAGGAUUUUAUGUUCAGGAUAGAGUACUCAAAUGUAAGGUUAUCUGUAAGUAUAAAACUGUACCCUAAACCAUUCAUUUGUUAUUUUGUUCCAUCAUCUAUGUUUCUUGGUUGGACCAACUUCUUGUAACUCUCAGAUUUAAAUUGAUUAAUGUUUAAAGGAGAUUUCCCUU